AUGAGUGAAGAUAAAACAAAAAAGAAAUCAUUACGUCGUGAUGGUUCAUAUCGAAUAUUUCGAAUUACAAGAAAACAAAAAGAUGAUGAUGAAGACGAUGACGAAGAAAAUACAUUUGAGGAUAACAGUAAUAAUGAGAAUAGUAAUACUGUACAAAAAACAUCGAAUUUAUUUAAAAAAAAAUCUAUUAAAUUUACUGAUCAGAAUAAUCAAUGGAAACGGAAAAGCUCAAAAACUACUAAAUCAGACAAUAAAGUGAAAAGAUUUGAUGAUGUCAACGAAAAUACAAUUGAGGAAAAAACAACUUUAAAAGAAAAUAAUAAUCAAUCAUCGACGACAGUAAAUCAAAGACAAAUAGAUUCAACAUUGUCAAAAAUUCCAACAGUAACUGAAGAAGAUAUUUUUCAUUGGUCUGAUACUAAUCUUAAUAAUAGUCAAACUGAAGAUGAAAUAUUAAAUAAUUUAUUAUCGAGAGCGAAUGAUUUAGAGAAAAAUGAAUUUGGUACAAAAAUUUCACCUGAAGCGAACUAUAGACGUAAACGAAAACGUUUUAUAUCUAUUGGUGCAAUAAUAAUUGGUUUAAUUAUUAUUAUUAUCAUUGUAGCUGUCAUUAUUAUUUUAAUUACUACUCGAAAAUUAUCAAAUCGAGAUCAGAAACGUUUAUCAUUAAGCACAUCGAUAUCGUCAAAUUCCUAA